AUGCGAAUGGAUAUCCAUUUUAUCAACGUAGAGAUAAGGGUUUUAUUCAUGUCGGAGUACGUUUACAAAGGAUACGACUGCGCUAAUAUAGAUCUUAAAACUAAUUCGCUUCAAUCUCAUGAUGAAAUUAGAAUGCAUAUAAAUGCCCGAUAUGUAAGUGCAUGUGAAGCCAUGUGGAGAUUAUUAGAAAAUCGUAUGCAUGAUCGAUCUCACGGUAUAAAUCGAUUAGCAAUACACUUGCCAUUUCAUCAACCGGUAUAUUUUAUAGAAGGACAAGAACGUCAGGCAUUAGAGAAAUCUGCCAGCAGAAAUACUACAUUAACUGCCUACGCUAAUAAGUGGAAACUUAGACAAAGACAAAACAAUAUAUUAUCAAGGAUGUAUACUGUUGAUCCUAAAUCCGGCGAGAGAUUUUUCCUACGUUUACUAUUACUUCAUGUUGUUGGCGCCAUAAGUUUUGAAUAUUUGAGAAUUGUAAAUGGAGUUUUAUAUAAUACUUUUAAAGAGGCGGCUUUUAAAAGAAAUUUAUUGGUUGAUGACAAGGAAUGGGAAGCAUUUAUGGAAGAAGCGUCAACAUUUUUAAUGCCCAUACAGUUGCGUCAAUCUUUUGCCUUUAUUUGUAUUUUUUGUCAGCCAGAAAAUCCAAAUAACCUCUGGGAAAAAUUUAAAAAAUAUAUGAUAGAAGAUUUCGCACAUACCCAUACAGAUUCUAUUGUAAUUAAUAUGGCCUUAUCAGAUAUAGAAAAAGUAUUGCACGACCAUGGUUUUCGUUGUAGUAAUUUCAAUUUGCCUGUUCCUACUUUAAUAGCUCAGGAGGAUUUUUAUAAUAAUGAUCUUGAGGCAGCUGAGGCAUUGAAACUAAUUACUAAAUUAAAUUUUUUACAAAAAUCAGCCUUUGAUUUAAUCGUUCAAUCUAUCGAAAAUAAUGAUUUUCCUCAGCGUUGUUUUUAUAUUGAUGGUCCAAAUGGAUCGGGAACAACCUUUUUGUAUAAUACCCUAAUGUGCUACAUUAGAGGACGCAACCAAAUAGUUUUACCGUUUGCAACAACAGGCAUUGCCGCUAUUCUUUUAAAAGGGGGUAGAACAAUACAUAGUGGAUUUAAAUUACCUAUUCCGAUUGUUGAUAACUCUGUAUCUCGCAUGAGUCUUCAUUCCCCUGAUGCUACUGUUAUUAAAAGGUCCAAAUUAAUUAUUAUCGAAGCCACAAUGAUGACUAAAUACGCUUUACGCUGUAUCGAUAGAUUACUUAAAGAUAUAAUGCAAACAUAG